AUGCCGCUUCCUCCUUUACUGAGCGGCUCGUGGGCGGCCCGUCAAAUCAUGGUGUUUCUUCGUUUUGGAUGGGUGUACCAUCUCUUGGACCGGCUUCCCCAUCUCUCGUCAAGAAACGCUAUCCCUGCCACGGCCUGGAUUGAAGCUGGGCCCACGGGUGUGAAGGAACCUCAAGAUCAGCGCAGACUGGAGUUACGGGUCACGGAAGGAACUUUCGUCCCGAAAGUCUACUUUCACGCCUGUGGUCUCAUGCGACAUGCAGCAAGGGCCGGGGAAACUCCCCGAUAG